UUUUAAUUAUUCUCGACGACAACCGAGCCCGCCUGUUGCACAAAAAUAACCCACUUUCUUUUUGGGAUUGUUUACAAACUCGACGGAAUUAUUCAAUUUAUAUCUUAUUAUCGGUUAAUUGUGAACUUUAAUUGAAACGAAAGCUGGGGAAUUUAAAAAAAGGAAGAGUGACGGCUUAUGUAAUCACUUAGUCAAUGCGUAUAAUAACGAAAGAGAUACGCUUCAACGGGUCGCAAAUUCCAUUCCAUUUUCGCGUCGACCGCCAGAAGAAAUGUGUGUAGGUUCGUUCAUUCACCAACGACGCAACUCUUCGCUUAUCCCACCUUUUUGCCCGCCACGACGUCUUCGUUUCACUUUAUUAAUCGCGUACACGUGCGAACAAUAGAACAAUAAAUUAAAGGCGUCUCUACAAGAAAGUACCAUACUAUUUAUUAGACGCAAAACAAAAUUAUCUUUAUCUUCAUAUCCAUGCAAUCCGAAUAGUGCCAAACGCAUAUAUGCAAUUGCAACAAAAAUAACUACGCAACAUAAAACGCAUGCGCAACAAUGAAAUUGCUUGGUGCUCGACAUAAAUUGCAUCGCAUUUGUAGUUCAGUAGUGAACAAGUCGUUGCAUCGAGUAUUUAUUCCGUUAUGAGUACGUUUAACUGGCCUAGAGAGUUGACGUUAAAACUAAUCAAUGUGUAUAGAGAACAACCAGUUCUUUAUAAUCCAAAUCACCCUAAUUACAAAAACACGGCAAAAAGAUUCGCGGCAAUUAUGGAAAUACGCCGUCAACUCAAAUCUGUUUUCCCAGAUUACAAAACUGACGCCAACGAAAUAAGAAAGAAAAUACAUGGGAUAAGAACCCAAUAUAUUAAAGAAAAGAAAAUGAGAAUGCUGAGUAAAAAGUAUAGAAGGACACUUUGGUGCUAUGAGCGUUUACAAUUUUUAGAUAACAUAGAUAAACGUGGUAAAGAAGGAAAUUAUUUAGAAGCAACAUUAACAGACAUCAAGGAAGAAUGUCCAUUUGAGUUUAAUGAUGAAGAUAAACCUCAAAUUGAAGCAAGUGAAACUUUGUCAAAUUUAAGUAAAUCUGAAGAAGCUUCGAGUACAUUAUCUGAAGAAACCUGUAAUAAACCUGCAAUACAAGAUGCCACAUCAUCUAAAUUAACACAUUCAGAAAUUUUACAGAGUGAAACUGAUGACGUAGAUUGUUUUAUAAGAUUAUUAACAAAUGAGUUUAAAAAGAUUCGAAGCACCAGCAAAAAAAGAAAAUUGAAGAAGCAACUUUUCAAUUUAGUUCUUGAUGCGCAAGAGGAGGAGGAAAAUUUGUCGUGAUAUACAUGGAUCGGUUACCAAAUACAUGACGAAGGCAAAUGUGAAAGUUACAACAUAAAAUGUUCUGGCCAAUGUGAUUAAUGAUUGCUGCUUGUUACUUGGUAAAGGAGAAUCAUGUUCAUCUAGAUUGCUACACAGUUAUUGCAAUUAAUACCACGGCGGAAUGCAUUUUGCAACAAUAUGCAAUUACAAACACAGACUGUUGUGUGUUCAUCGCUAAAAGCUACAUUGAGUCGCGUAACUAUUUUGAUAAAAUAUUUAUUCCUACCAACAUGUAAUUACUUUCUAAGUAAAUAUAAAAUUAACGCCA